UGUGUCGGAUAUUUUGGGGCGGUCACGUGGGCGGGCGGGCUCCGAGAGGCCCCGGGACAGUCCCAGCCUAGAGCCGUGAGCCCCCCCCCUCUCCCGAAGCCCCCCAUUACCGCGAGCCCCUGACACUACGGCGUUGCAUCCCCGAGACCGCCCGACGCCGCCGGGACCUCGGGGCUCCGCAGCCUCCCUUCCCCCGCCCUCCCCUCCAGACUUGUCUUGAAGGAGACCUUAGUGGAACAAAGGAAGAGCAGAAAGACUGGCACAGGGACCCAGGGAUCCCAGCACUGGACUGCUCUUGACGCAGCCUCUCUUGUCUUCAAGCGGUGACUACCAGGUCCCCUCAUCACAGCCUGACCCAGUAUGUAGGAGGGAAUUUCUGCCGAGGCCAGAGGGACUCUUGGAGACCCAGUGGGAAGGCCAGGCAGGGUGGGCACGGAGCCUCCCAGGCCAGGGCAGUGGGCAUGGGUAGGGGCUGUGGCUGAAGAUCACCCGUGCCCACUGCAGAUCCCAGGGGACUCCUACACCGCAGCUACCAUGGCCACCAAUAAGGAGCGACUCUUUGCAGCUGGUGCCUUGGGGCCUGGAUCUGGCUACCCAGGGGCAGGCUUCCCCUUUGCCUUCCCAGGGGCACUCAGGGGGUCACCACCAUUCGAGAUGCUGAGCCCUAGCUUCCGGGGCCUGGGCCAGCCUGACCUCCCCAAGGAGAUGGCAUCUCUGUCGGUGGAGACCCAGAGUACUAGCUCAGAGGAAAUGGUGCCCAGCUCUCCCUCGCCCCCACCGCCUCCUCGAGUCUACAAGCCCUGCUUUGUGUGUAAUGACAAGUCCUCUGGCUACCACUACGGGGUCAGCUCAUGUGAAGGUUGCAAGGGUUUCUUCCGACGCAGCAUCCAGAAGAACAUGGUGUAUACAUGUCACCGCGACAAAAACUGUAUCAUCAACAAGGUGACCAGGAAUCGCUGCCAGUAUUGCCGGCUACAAAAGUGUUUUGAAGUAGGCAUGUCCAAGGAAGCUGUGCGGAAUGACCGGAACAAGAAAAAGAAGGAGGUGAAGGAAGAGGGAUCACCUGACAGCUAUGAACUGAGCCCGCAGUUAGAAGAGCUCAUCACCAAAGUUAGCAAAGCCCAUCAGGAGACCUUCCCCUCACUCUGCCAGCUGGGCAAGUACACCACGAACUCCAGUGCAGACCACCGGGUGCAGCUGGAUCUAGGGCUAUGGGACAAGUUCAGUGAGCUGGCCACCAAGUGCAUCAUCAAGAUUGUGGAGUUUGCAAAGCGGUUGCCCGGUUUUACAGGCCUCAGCAUCGCUGACCAGAUCACUCUGCUCAAAGCGGCCUGCCUGGACAUCCUGAUGCUACGGAUCUGUACAAGGUACACCCCAGAGCAGGACACAAUGACCUUCUCAGAUGGGCUGACCCUGAACCGGACCCAGAUGCACAACGCUGGCUUUGGGCCCCUCACAGACCUCGUCUUUGCCUUUGCUGGGCAGCUUCUGCCCCUGGAGAUGGAUGACACCGAGACUGGGCUGCUCAGUGCCAUCUGCCUCAUCUGUGGAGACCGCAUGGACUUAGAGGAACCCGAGAAGGUGGACAAGCUACAGGAGCCGCUGCUGGAAGCCCUGAGGCUUUAUGCCCGACGACGGAGGCCCAGCCAGCCCUACAUGUUCCCAAGGAUGCUCAUGAAAAUCACCGACCUCCGGGGCAUCAGCACCAAGGGAGCAGAAAGGGCCAUUACCCUGAAGAUGGAGAUUCCAGGCCCGAUGCCCCCCCUGAUCCGAGAGAUGCUGGAGAACCCCGAGAUGUUUGAGGACGACUCUUCGCAAUCUAGCUCCCACCCCAAGGCUUCUAGCGAAGAUGAAGCUCCUGGGGGCCAGGGCAGAGGGGACCGGAGUCCCCUGCCUGACCAGGACCCCUGACCACCCCUUGCUGUGGGGUUGAGCUCCAGGCAGCAGACUGACCAUUUCCCAGACACUGCCGGUGACUGGGGAAGGACCUGCUCUGCCCGCUCCUCGCCCUUCCAAUGAGCUCCUUGUUUUGCCAAAGUUUCCAGGGGUGCCUGUGUUCAUCCCCAUCCCGCUCUAACUGGCUCCCUCUCCAGUGCUGGGGGCCUGCCUUGCUCCCACCAGGAGAGAUAGCAGAGGGCUGAGCCUGGGUCUGGACUCUAAAAUCUCAGCACUGCCCCUCAGAUACCAGGUCCCAGGCACCCCAGUGCAGGAGGAAAUCCUGCCAUCCUGUAGCCCCUUCCUCUGCAAGGUGCUUAGGCCUCUGGGAGCAAACAGGAACACUAGAGUUCAAAGGGAGGCCCCCAAGGAGGGAUGAGCCCAACCUUUAGGCCUAAUGUGUGAUGGACCUGCCUAUGCACACUGCCCUUUGGGCCCCAUGAGGUGGGGAUGGGGUGGGGGGUAGGCUGGACCCUGAAUUUCUGGGGUGGGGGCUGAGGGUGAAAGGAGAGAUGCAGCGCUCCACUCAGUACUUCCCUGCUGGGGGGUGCAGUGGUCACGCAGUACCCUCCAUUAGAGACCCCCCUCCCCAGCCCUGUCACGUGCCUUGGGCUCCUGCCCCCCAUCUCAGCAAUCAGGCAGGGACCCUCCUUACACUACAGAGGGGCCAGUGAUCCCUCUCCUUCUAGUGCCUUCUACCCUUGACCCCCAGAGCAGCUUGGCCCAGGGAGGGGAGAUGCUGCUUAGCUGAUCCUGCCCUGACCCAGAGGAAGCCUCUAUUUAUUUAUUAGCUUUUGUUUACACCCUGGAAUGACCCCUUCCUCCAGGGGUCUUGGGAGGGGGAGCCCAGGGCCUCUGUUACCCCUCCCUUCUUCCUCCAGCCUCCAGUUUGUAUUUAGCUGCCAAAUAAGAUUCCUGCCAGCUCCCCCUUUUCUCUGGGGGGUCAGGGUGCUGUCCCCUCCCCUCUGUUUACAUCUCCCCUCCACCCCGCUGUAUCGCAUAUUGCUGAGUUUUCUAUUUUUGCAAAAUAAAGUGAUGGAAACUCA